AUGGAGCCGAAGAGGAACGCCGGUAGCUACACACCCGCUGUAGCUGAUAAACGAAAAGAUCGCCUAGCCCUUGAACACGGGGUAUCCGGGAAGUACACGUCGGCGCCGCCCGGCGUUUCGGCAACGUACUCAUCAGCUCUCGCCUUCGAUUCUUCCAUCACGAAGGCAGAAAUACCGGGAUCGAUGGACCAGGAAGAGGUCGUUAAAGAUGUGACGCUGGACGCUAACAGCCCCAUUUCCUACUUCUACCUGACGUUCGACACGCCACUGCCAUGCCCAAAUGCUGGUAGACCGCAGUCGGACCGCGGCGACCUUCCGGCGUGUCCUGACCUUUCUCCAUACACAGACCCGAUGAAAUGGCCGUUGGCGCGCAAAGGGGUUAUGUUGGUAAUAUGUUGCCUCGCCACCUGCUUUACGGCGUACGCCGCCGGCACGUAUUCCGAAUGUGCGGACCCGAUCGCCGCGGAAUUCAACACUACACGCGAGAGCGCUCUGGUCGGCGUGACUACCUUUUGCAUCGGCUUCGCUGUCGCCCCCAUGAUCUUGGCUCCGUUUUCGGAGAUUAACGGGCGCUACCCCGUAUUCGCCAUUGCCGGCGUCAUAUUUGUAGUCUUCCAGGCCGUCUGCGGCGUGGUCACAAAUUUAGCAGGUAUGUUGAUCGCCCGGUUUUUCAAGGGCGUCGGCGGAAGCGUGUUUAGCACCAUGGUGGGCGGUGUAAUUGCCGACAUGUACGAGAAGGAAGACCGCAACAUGCCGAUGGCGCUCUUCAGCGGCUUCGUCCUGGUCGGUACCGGCUUGGGGCCGCUCGUGGCUGCGGUAAUGGUUCAUCAUUGGGGAGGCGAGGGCCAGAAGUGGAAAUGGGUAUUUUGGCAUCAGGUUAUUAUAGAUUUCAUCUUGAUAGUUGCCGUCGUGGUCUUUUUCAAGGAGAGCCGCGGCUCGGUGCUCUUAUCGAGAAAGACAAGGGCAUUGAAUAAAUGGUAUCAGCAGCUGGAGGAGAAAGGGGUGUUUGGAGUUUAUUUUCCUGGAUCAAAUGGCGACUCGGAUAUUUUGUCGAGACCGUCGGCGCCCACGUCGGAAUCUAAGCCGAAGGGACGUCCAGGGCUGCGGCGAAUUAGAUGGACCGUCAAGGAAGAUGAGCAGCAGGUGUCCCUCGUCACGAUGAUAACCGUAUCGCUUUUUAGGCCAUUCGUACUACUCUUCACGGAACCCAUCGUAUUCUUCUUCUCUCUAUGGGUAUCUUUCGCAUGGGGCAUUCUCUACCUGACCUUCGGGUCUGUCCCGCUCGUGUUCCAGAGACAGUACAAUUUUAACAUGGAGCAAUCUGGCCUCGUAUUUAUCGCUAUGAUUGUAGGCUCCAUAUUCGCAACUAUCCUCGGUAUAUAUCAAGAAGGAAUGCUCAAACAUCCUAAGUGGCAAUCCAUAUCAGAUAGCUCGGGGACGGACAGCUCGGAAGACAGUUCUGAGGAGGUUCAUACAGGUACCGGAUUCUGGGCUUUUGUGCGACGGAAAUUUCCGGCUCAAUCUCCCGAAUCGCGGCUCUAUUUUACCUGCUUCACUUCAGUGCUGCUGCCGGCGGGUCUAUACCUGUUCGGAUUCGCGUCCCAGCCGUCGAUCCACUGGAUGGUUCCUACGUUUGCAAUAUUCCUCGCUACGAUGGGCAUCUUCUACGUCUACUUAGCUACAUUCAACUAUCUAGCAGACGUCUAUCGAGCGUACGCGUCAUCGGCGCUCGCUGCGCAGUCCUUCUGCCGCAACGUAAUCAGUGGGGUGUUCCCUCUUGUCACAGGUUUGCUGAUACGAAAUCUCGGAGAAGACGCGAUGGGUGGGCUACUGGGCGGAGUUGCUACCGUAUUAACACUCGUACCGUGGGCUUUAGUUUUGUUCGGAAGCAGAAUCCGGGCUCGGAGCCCGUUUGCUAUUGGGCUGGAGCAAAAGUAA